AGGCGGGGGCCCCGGAAGUGACGGCUCCACCCAGGGUGGGGGGAAGCCUGGAGUCGGUGAAGUCCGCGCCACCACCAUCGCCGCGGUCGGUCGCUGUGUUCCCCGGCCUGGGCGAUGGAGAACGGAGCCGUGUACCGCCCCACCACCGAGGAGGACCCGGGCCCGGCCAGGGGCGCCCGCAGCGGCCUCGCCGCCUACUGCAACCUGGGCCGGCUGCCCCUGACCCAGCGCGUGCUCAAGGGCUUGCAGCUGCUGCUGUCUCUGCUGGCCUUUAUCUGUGAAGAGGUGGUAUCUCAGUGCACUUUGUGUGGAGGACUUUACUUCUUUGAAUUUGUAAGCAGCAGUGCCUUUCUCCUUUGCCUCCUUCUGCUGAUAGUGUACUGCACCCCGGUUUAUGAAAGAGUCGAUGCUGGAAAAGUCAAGUCCUCGGACAUGUGGAUUACUGGGGGGAUAGGACUUGUGUUUUUGUUGGCAUCCAUCAUUUUCGCCUUCAUGCAUGACCGUACCUCAGCUGAAAGGGCUGCAAUUGGGUUUGGCUUUCUAGCAAGUUUUAUGUUCGUGGGCGACUUUGUCUUCAUGAUGGUUGAAAAGCGACGGGAGUCCCAGAUGAGGAAACCUGAGCCUGAUAGGGCAGAGCCCCUCACUGAACCGCUCAAUGCUUGAAGACUAGGGAGCAGGUGUCAUGCCAGGAGGCGGCUGGUGGUACCCGAGCCCAGCAAAACCACUAGUGCUCUCUGCGUAAUUGCUAAACCACUUCUGAAGAGCAAGGGGAAGGGCCAGAGGCAAUUUUAUCAAUAUUAAACAGGGAGUCAGUCACCACCAGUUAGGCCAGAGGGGUUUUUUGUAUAGCAUUUGAAACUUGUAUCAAUGAAGUUUAUUUUUUUCGGGGGGGGGGGGGAAGGGCAGUUUCUUUAAAUCUCAGCUCACUGAUGAUAAAUUAUUCAGUUAUUGUUACUAGGCUUAGCUAUAUAAACAGCAUGAUUAAAUUAAUCCAUUUAGAUAUUAUUUCAUUUUUAAGAUAAUUUGCUUAGCUAUGAGCUUAUUUUUUGAUGAUUAGAUAAAAUGUAAUGUAUAUUUAAAUUUUUAUAUUAAAUAUUUUAAAUGUUGGUCUAGGUUUUUUUCCUUAAAAUAUAAUUGCUUAGGCUUUGCUGUAUUUCCCUUGGCCUUAAAAUUAUAACGUUUUAAGAUAAUUGUUAUAAGCUCUUUUGUUGCCUAAUAGAAAAUGUAUGGGAGAUGUUGGUAUUUUAUAUGUAUAAAAGCAACAUCAGCAACCCAAAAUUUAUACUGCACUUUGGUGGUGGUUGAUACCAAGUGAAAAAAAUUUUUUAUGUAACACAUAGAAAAAUGGAAGAAACUGCUAUCACACCUAAGGACCAAAGACAAUAAAGACAUACCUUUUGUGCAAUACAGUGAAAUUACAAGAGCAGGCUUCAGCCAUUUACCAAGUGUCUGAAGAGGUGAGUGCAUACUGUGAGGGAGAGAGGGUUCGUUCUCCUGUUGGCACCUGAUUAUUUCCACUGAAACUAGCGGCUCCGCAGGCCCUCCUUUUUAAAACCCCAGCCUGCUAUUCCUCCUCUGAGAUGCUCGUGCUUCUGUCUCCAGGCCGGAAUGGCCCACACACUGCUUCCCCGCCAAGCAGAGGUGGGCCUCUGGCUCCUUGUUGGCAGUGCCUUUCGGUGGCCCAGGAUCUUGGGUUCUUAUUGCCUCGAGUGUUAGCAUGAUCCUUAGGGUUUUGUUCCCAAGAGGCACUGCUCUAGUUUCUCUUUGGAGGAAGACCUUACAAUAAUCUAGAGAAUCUCGCCCAGGUUAAUACUGUUGAUGGUGUAGGGAGUAGUCACACUAUUCUCAAGAGGCACUUCAUAACCAGUUCUGAUCAUCGGGAAGAAUUGUCUGGUGCUGGGUCCCAAACUAGAUCUUUCUUGCCCUCCUCCUGGAUUUUUGACUCAAGUCUUCGGUGUUAAGGUGCUGAGACUUUGCAUCAGGUCCUGAAGGACUUUGGUGUAGGUCUCCCCGGCUAGGCAUCCUAGGUUUUCUAUCUGAAAAAGUGGAAUCCUGUCUCCAAUGGGGCAGUUUAAUGACCCCAUCCUUUCUUAACUUCUCAUCUGCCCUUUGUAGAUAGGUUUUUGCUGAGUAAAUGUGGCUGAUGUGGUUCUCAAAAAUUAGCCCUGUUGGCCAGGCACAGCUUCUGCGCUGGCUUAGUGACUCAGGCUUACCUAUGUGAAUCAGUUUGGAUGCUAGUGCUAGUGGUGAUGUCACCAACACCUGCCUGGGAGAUAAUGAAACCAAUCAUGGAUGCUGGUGUGACUGGGCGGGCCAUCUAAGGAAGGAGAAAUAACCUGGGUCUUGGGCUCAAGAAUAAAGACUGGCCAAAAAGAACCAGCCUUUGGUAGGCAAGUUCUGGAAUUUCACAUCAAAAUACUGUACCAUUGCCAUUGUAAAUAUCACCUCGAUCCAGCGAGGGGUGACAGCAAACCACCUGGACUACCUCAGGGUUCCCACCCAUGCAUUGGGUUUGGUGGCUUUGUCUCAGCUGGCUUUACACACACAGCUGGCAUGAGCUUAAGCCCUGGUUGUUCUGACAGUUCCUUUCUCUUUGUUUUCUUGGCAUGGGGCCACUUAAUCUUUACCUUUUUCAGAAGGAUAAUAUACUCACUGGCAUUUUUGGUCUCUCUGGAACCUUUCUUCACUCUGAUUUUUAUGGGCCUUAUGACUGAUUUCCUCCCUCUUCUAUUAUAGAAGAAAUUAGGAGUAAAAAGACCAUUGUAAAUAAAGUUUGAGGAGAACUUGCGACCAAAAUCACUGUUACGUACAGGAAAAGGCAGACUCAGUAAACUCAAGGUUAAAAUAAUUAUUAACAUCUAUGAUACACUUAAUUUGUUAUAUUUUAUACAAAUAAACUGUUUAGAAUAGUUUUAAAAAAAAUAAGGGAAAUGCACUUACAACAUAAAACUUUUAUAAUUGUUGUAACUUAAAUUAUAUUCUGUUUUGGGAUGGGAAAUGUAUUUUUACAUUGUUUAUAGCCAAUCAUUUUUGUAUUUAUCAACUGAAAUUCUGUGGGUCUUUUUUAUCUCUCUUCAUGUCGAAUUUUGUAGUCUUUUAAAAUAAAUCCAUCUUAUUAUCCCUA